GGGCACCGCGGCUUCAGGGGCUGGGCCUCCAGCGCAGCGCAAUGUCAGGCGCCGCGACAGCCCUGUGAGUCAGAGGCCGCGGCCGUGGUCCUGGGCGGCGGCGGGUCCGGGCCGGGUCCGCUAAUGGUGCCGCCACGACACCAUCGCGGUGCAGGAAGGCCAGGUGCGCUGAGUUCUUCACCUCCGUUUAGACUCAGAUCUGACCAGUUUUCAGGCACUGCUCUUGAAGACCUCAGAAAGGCCUUUAAAAUAAGACUGCAAAUGGUGUGUGUAUUUAUCAUGAACCGAAUGAAUUCCCAGAGCAGUGGUUUCACUCAGCGCAGGCGAAUGGCUCUUGGGAUUGUUAUUCUCCUACUUGUUGAUGUGAUAUGGGUCGCAUCCUCAGAACUUACUUCGUAUGUUUUUACUCAGUACAACAAACCAUUCUUCAGCACCUUUGCAAAAACAUCUAUGUUUGUUCUGUACCUUUUGGGCUUUAUAAUUUGGAAGCCAUGGAGACAACAGUGUACAAGAGGAUUUCGAGGAAAGCAUGCUGCUUUUUUUGCAGAUGCUGAAGGUUACUUUGCUGCUUGCACAACAGAUACAACUAUGAAUAGUUCUUUGAGUGAACCUCUGUAUGUUCCUGUGAAAUUUCAUGAUCUUCCGAGUGAAAAACCUGAGAACACAAACAUUGAUACUGAAAAAUCUCCCAAAAAGUCUCGUGUUAGGUUUAGUAAUAUCAUGGAGAUUCGACAGCUUCCAUCAAGCCAUGCAUUGGAAGCUAAGUUGUCUCGCAUGUCAUAUCCUACCGUGAAAGAACAAGAAUCCUUACUCAAAACUGUGGGGAAACUUACUGCAACUCAAGUAGCAAAAAUUAGCUUUUUUUUUUGCUUUGUGUGGUUUUUGGCAAAUUUGUCAUAUCAAGAAGCACUUUCAGACACAAAAGUUGCUAUAGUUAAUAUUUUGUCCUCAACUUCUGGACUUUUUACCUUAAUCCUUGCUGCAAUGUUUCCAAGUAACAGUGGAGAUAGAUUUACUCUUUCUAAACUAUUAGCUGUAAUUUUAAGCAUCGGAGGUGUUGUGCUGGUAAACCUGUCAGGGUCUGAAAAAUCUGCUGGAAGAGACCCAAUAGGUUCCAUCUGGUCUCUUGUUGGAGCCAUGCUCUAUGCUGUCUAUAUUGUUAUGAUCAAGAGAAAAGUAGACAGAGAAGAUAAGUUGGAUAUUCCAAUGUUCUUUGGUUUUGUAGGUCUCUUUAAUCUGCUGCUCUUAUGGCCAGGUUUCUUUUUACUUCAUUAUACUGGAUUUGAGGACUUUGAGUUUCCCAAUAAAGUAGUAUUAAUGUGCAUUAUCAUUAAUGGCCUUAUUGGAACAGUGCUCUCAGAGUUCCUGUGGUUGUGGGGCUGCUUUCUUACCUCAUCACUGAUAGGCACACUUGCACUAAGCCUUACAAUACCUCUGUCCAUAAUAGCUGACAUGUGUAUGCAAAAGGUGCAGUUUUCUUGGUUAUUUUUUGCAGGCGCUGUCCCUGUAUUUUUUUCAUUUUUUAUUGUAACUCUCCUGUGCCAUUAUAAUAAUUGGGAUCCUGUGAUGGUGGGAAUCAGAAGAAUUUUUGCCUUUAUAUGCAGAAAACAUCGAAUUCAGAGGGUUCCAGAAGACAGCGAACAGUGUGAGAGUCUCAUUCCUAUGCACGAUGUUUCUCAGGAGGAUGGAACUAGUUAGCUGUAGUCCAGCUUGAUAAUGGAACAAUAUACGGUGAAGAGACAAUCUCCGGCAAGUUUCUGUAGAAAAAUAUUUCAGUGCCUAGUCUGAAAAAUAACAGUUCAGUUCUUUGGAACUCUAAAACAUAUUUUCCUCUUGUCUGUUUUCUUCAUUUUCAUAAUGAAGUACUUAACUAUGUAGCUGUGUACAUAUCACUACAGUUAUAGGAAGUUUCAGUCUACAGUCCAUCUAAAGGACCAACCUGCCUUACACAUCUCAAGGAAUUCAGCUGAUGAAAUAAUUUGAACUAGUCAAGGGAUAAAAUUUUAAUGUUCUGGAGACUUUAUUUUCACAUAUUAUUUGUUAAAUACUGGACUAUAUUAUGAAAAUGUUUUCAAGAAAUCAUUUUAAGUAUAUAGAUCGGUGUUUCUUACAGGUAAAAUGCUAAAAUAAGCUGCCCAUAAUAGGUACGGAUUAUAUUUUUGAGUUUUGUAGAAUAUUACAAAUUAACAACACAAAAAAUGUUUAAUUUAUGCAGCAAAUAUAUUCACACAAAUUUGGUAGGACUUUAGAAAGAAUCGAUAUUUGAGAAAAGAUCUGGUUCACUUACACUAUAUAUACUGCAUUAUCCUUUCAUAGCAUUAGGUGCCUUCUACUUUAAAUCUGUGACAAACCAUGACAAAUUUUUAAAGGAGAAGUAUUAUUGUAAAAUGAAGAAUUAGGUACUUCUAAAGACUGUAUUGCUGUAAAUUUAAUUGAUAAAGCUCUGCUUAUUUAGAGUUUUGAAGAAAUAUCCUCCCUUCAAUUAAAGAUUUUCAUAAUGGAAUGAUGAAAAUUGAA